UCCACCUGCAGGUUGGCCCUUUCAUUGGUUGAAACCACAGUCAGAUUCUCCUGCGGAAUUAUCUGAUUGAAAUCAGGGAGGGGAGAAAAAGAGAGAGCAACAAGUGCGUUGGUUUUACGCUGCUUUGCUUUCAUGACUUUCAGAAAAGGAUUUGGGGACGCGUUUUUACUGCGCUAACAAGGACAUUUUUAUUAUUACUGCAACUUUCAUUUCGUCGGGAACUUGCUGGGUUAACGGAUCAACAUGCCCCGGUCAUUUCUGGUGAAAAACAAAAGGUGCACGUCCUUUAAUGUUCACCGAUCAUAUGAAGACGAGCCGAGGGCCCCCAUGUGUACAGAAGACCCACCAGAGGUUCAGAGCACAGACUCUGAGGACAGGCCUCAGUCCGAGGGCCAGUCUUCCCCUGUGGGCCACUGUGAAAAGGGGGAGGCAGAACUUGAGUGCCCCUUACCUGCUCACCCAGAGCCAACCAGGCCCCCUGUGGCCCCCACACAGCCUUACUACCUAAAUGAGCCUCACAUGGCUGGAUUCCCUCCCUACUACAAGCCGUCGUACGCUUGGGAGCCGGUGCCGUCCUCCUAUGAGCUCCGUCAGAUGAGUUUCAGCCCUACAGUGCUGCAACACGCCAGUAAUCUGUACGGCACCCACAUCAGCCGCAGCCCACAGCCUCAGCAGCCUCUGGACUGCAGCACGCACUACUCCCCCACCUCCAACACCUACCACUGUAUCACCUGUGACAAGGUGUUCUCAACGCCCCACGGACUGGAGGUUCACGUCAGGCGGUCGCACAGCGGAACGAGACCUUUUGGCUGCAGCAUCUGCAGGAAAACCUUCGGCCACUCUGUCAGUCUGGAGCAGCACAUGAACGUCCACUCUCAGGAAAAAAGCUUUGAGUGCAAGAUGUGUGGCAAAUCCUUCAAGCGUUCCUCCACCCUCUCCACCCACCUGCUCAUCCACUCGGACACAAGGCCUUACCCCUGCCAGUACUGCGGCAAGAGGUUUCACCAGAAGUCUGAUAUGAAGAAACACACAUACAUUCACACCGGUGAAAAGCCGCACAAAUGCCAAGUGUGUGGUAAAGCGUUCAGCCAGAGCUCCAACCUGAUCACACACAGCAGGAAACACACGGGCUUCAAACCGUUUGGAUGUGACAUUUGCUCCAAGGGCUUCCAACGCAAGGUGGAUCUCCGCAGGCACCACGAGAGCCAGCACGGCAUGAAGUGAAGAGGAGCAUGUGUCUAUAUGUAAAAUAAAUAUAUAUUAAAAUGAUGAGCUGAUAUUGAUUUCUAAUGGAAGGUGAUUUAACUUCAGAGAAAUGUAAUGUGUACAAUGAAGAAAUGAAUUAGUUAAUAUAUUGGAAAUGAUAUUUUGGAUGUGAUUACACGUGGAUGAAUGGGUGCUGAUGUCAUUUAGAUUCAAAAUAUGCGUACGAUUUGUUUUUCAUAUAAUUUAUUUGUAUGCCUGAGCUGUAUAUUAUAUUGGCUGAGUGUGAGUUGAUAAAUGCUUUCAAAUAAAGGGUGAAAAGAAGGAAAA